AUGUUGGGGGAGGAUGUUAUAGGCAGUGGAACAGGCAGCUGCAAAGCGCAUAAGCGGAAUGAGCUGCGUGUGUUCAAAAAACAGAAGGAAAGCAUUUUAAACUGUUGUUUGGCAUAUAAUGUUGGUCUCCCAGAAGCAAAAAUAUUUUCCGGUCCUUCAAGUGAACAGUUUGGCUAUGCAGUGCAGCAGUUUAUAAAUCCAAAAGGCAACUGGUUACUGGUUGGUUCACCCUGGAGUGGCUUUCCUGAAAACCGAAUGGGAGAUGUGUAUAAAUGUCCUGUUGACCUAUCCACUGCCACAUGUGAAAAACUAAAUUUGCAAACUUCAACAAGCAUUCCAAAUGUUACUGAGAUGAAAACCAACAUGAGCCUCGGCUUGACCCUCACCAGGAACAUGGGAACUGGAGGGUUUCUCACAUGUGGUCCUCUGUGGGCACAGCAAUGUGGGAAUCAGUAUUACACAACGGGUGUGUGUUCUGACAUCAGUCCUGAUUUUCAGCUCUCAGCCAGCUUCUCACCUGCGGCUCAGCCCUGCCCUUCGCUCAUAGAUGUUGUGGUUGUGUGUGAUGAAUCAAAUAGUAUUUAUCCUUGGGAUGCAGUGAAGAAUUUUUUGGAAAAAUUUGUACAAGGCCUGGAUGUAGGCCCCACAAAGACACAGGUGGGGUUAAUUCAGUAUGCCAAUAAUCCAAGAGUUGUGUUUAACUUGAACACAUAUAAAACCAAGGAAGAAAUGAUUGUAGCAACAUCCCAGACAUCCCAAUAUGGUGGGGACCUCACAAACACAUUUGGAGCAAUUCAAUAUGCAAGAAAAUAUGCUUAUUCAGCAGCUUCUGGUGGACGACGAAGUGCUACCAAAGUAAUGGUAGUUGUAACUGACGGUGAAUCACAUGAUGGUUCAAUGCUGAAAGCUGUGAUUGAUCAAUGCAACCACGACAAUAUACUGAGGUUUGGCAUAGCGGUUCUUGGGUACUUAAACAGAAACGCCCUUGAUACUAAAAAUUUAAUAAAAGAAAUAAAAGCAAUCGCUAGUAUUCCAACAGAAAGAUACUUUUUCAAUGUGUCUGAUGAAGCAGCUCUACUAGAAAAGGCUGGGACAUUAGGAGAACAAAUUUUCAGCAUUGAAGGUACUGUUCAAGGAGGAGACAACUUUCAGAUGGAAAUGUCACAAGUGGGAUUCAGCGCGGAUUACUUUUCUCAAAAUGAUAUUCUGAUGCUGGGUGCAGUGGGAGCUUUUGGCUGGAGUGGGACCAUUGUCCAGAAGACAUCUCAUGGCCAUUUGAUCUUUCCUAAACAAGCCUUUGACCAAAUUCUGCAGGACAGAAAUCACAGUUCAUAUUUAGGUUACUCUGUGGCUGCCAUUUCUACUGGAGAAAGCACCCACUUUGUUGCUGGUGCUCCUCGGGCAAAUUAUACCGGCCAGAUAGUGCUAUAUAGUGUGAAUGAGAAUGGCAAUAUCACGGUUAUUCAGGCUCACCGAGGUGACCAGAUUGGCUCCUAUUUCGGUAGUGUGCUGUGUUCAGUUGAUGUGGAUAAAGACACCAUUACAGACGUGCUCUUGGUAGGUGCACCAAUGUACAUGAAUGACCUAAAGAAAGAGGAAGGAAGAGUCUACCUGUUUACCAUCAAAAAGGGCAUUUUGAGUCAGCACCAAUUUCUUGAAGGCCCCGAGGGCAUUGAAAAUGCUCGAUUUGGUUCAGCAAUUGCAGCUCUUUCAGACAUCAACAUGGAUGGCUUUAACGAUGUGAUUGUUGGUUCACCACUAGAAAAUCAGAAUUCUGGAGCUGUAUACAUUUACAAUGGUCAUCAGGGCACUAUCCGCACAAAGUAUUCCCAGAAAAUCUUGGGAUCCGAUGGAGCCUUUAGGAGCCAUCUCCAGUACUUUGGGAGGUCCUUGGAUGGCUAUGGAGAUUUAAAUGGGGAUUCCAUCACCGAUGUGUCCAUUGGUGCCUUUGGACAAGUGGUUCAACUCUGGUCACAAAGUAUUGCUGAUGUAGCUAUAGAAGCUUCAUUCACACCAGAAAAAAUCACUUUGCUCAACAAGAAUGCUCAGAUAAUUCUCAAACUCUGCUUCAGUGCAAAGUUCAGACCUACUAAGCAAAACAAUCAAGUGGCCAUUGUAUAUAACAUCACACUUGAUGCAGAUGGAUUUUCAUCCAGAGUAACCUCCAGGGGGUUAUUUAAAGAAAACAAUGAAAGGUGCCUGCAGAAGAAUAUGGUAGUAAAUCAAGCGCAGAGUUGCCCCGAGCACAUCAUUUAUAUACAGGAGCCCUCUGAUGUCGUCAACUCUUUGGAUUUGCGUGUGGACAUCAGUCUGGAAAACCCUGGCACUAGCCCUGCCCUUGAAGCCUAUUCUGAGACUGCCAAGGUCUUCAGUAUUCCUUUCCACAAAGACUGUGGUGAGGAUGGACUUUGCAUUUCUGAUCUAGUCCUAGAUGUCCGACAAAUACCAACUGCUCAAGAACAACCCUUCAUUGUCAGCAACCAAAACAAAAGGUUAACAUUUUCAGUAACGCUGAAAAACAAAAGGGAAAGUGCAUACAACACUGGAAUUGUUGUUGAUUUUUCAGAAAACUUGUUUUUUGCGUCAUUCUCCCUGCCGGUUGAUGGGACAGAAGUAACAUGCCAGGUGGCUGCAUCUCAGAAGUCUGUUGCCUGUGAUGUAGGCUACCCGGCUUUAAAGAGAGAGCAACAGGUGACUUUUACUAUUAACUUCGACUUCAAUCUUCAAAACCUUCAGAAUCAGGCAUCUCUCAGUUUCCAAGCCUUAAGUGAAAGCCAAGAAGAAAAUAAGGCUGAUAAUUUGGUCAACCUCAAAAUUCCUCUCCUGUAUGAUGCUGAAAUUCACUUAACAAGAUCUACCAACAUUAAUUUUUAUGAAAUCUCUUCGGAUGGGAAUGUUCCUUCAAUCGUGCACAGUUUUGAAGAUGUUGGUCCAAAAUUCAUCUUCUCCCUGAAGGUAACAACAGGAAGUGUUCCAGUAAGCAUGGCAACUGUAAUCAUCCACAUCCCUCAAUAUACCAAAGAAAAGAACCCACUGAUGUACCUAACUGGGGUGCAAACAGAAAAGGCUGGUGACAUCAGUUGUAAUGCAGAUAUCAAUCCACUGAAAAUAGGACAAACAUCUUCUUCUGUAUCUUUCAAAAGUGAAAAUUUCAGGCACACCAAAGAAUUGAACUGCAGAACUGCUUCCUGUAAUAAUGUUACCUGCUGGUUGAAAGACCUUCACAUGAAAGGAGAAUACUUUGUUAAUGUGACUACCAGAAUUUGGAAUGGGACUUUUGCAUCAUCAACGUUCCAGACAGUACAGCUAACGGCAGCUGCAGAAAUCAACACCUAUAACCCUGAGAUAUAUGUGAUCGAAGAUAACACUGUUACGAUUCCCCUGAUGAUAAUGAAACCUGAUGAGAAAGCCGAAGUACCAACAGGAGUUAUAAUAGGAAGUAUAAUUGCUGGAAUCCUUUUGCUGUUAGCUCUGGUUGCAAUUUUAUGGAAGCUCGGCUUCUUCAAAAGAAAAUAUGAAAAGAUGACCAAAAAUCCAGAUGAGAUUGAUGAGACCACAGAACUCAGUAGCUGAACCAGCAGACCUACCUGCAGUGGGAACUGGCAGCAUCCCAGCCAGUGUUUGCUGUUUGCAUGAAUGGAUUUCUUUUUAAAUCCCAUGUUUUUUUAUCAUGUCAUAGGUAAACUAACCUGGUAUUUUAAGAGAAAACUGCAGGUCAGUUUGGAAUGAAGAAAUUGUCGGGGGUGGGGGAGGUGCGGGGGGGGCAGGUAUAAUGGGGAAAAUACUUAUUUUAUAUGAUGGGGAAAAAAAGUAAUCUUUAAACUGGCUGGCCCAGAGUUUACAUUCUAAUGUGCAUUGUGUCAGAAACAUGAAAUGCUUCCAAGCAUGACAACUUUUAAAGAAAAAUAUGAUAUUCUCAGAUUUUAAGGGGGAAAACUGUUCUCUUUAAAAUAUUUGUCUUUAAACAGCAACUACAAAAGUGGAAGUGCCUGAUAGUAAGUACUUCCACUUGUGUAUAUUUUAAUGACUAUCGUGUUAACAAGAGGGGAAAACAAAACACAGGUUUUUUCCAUUUAUGCUGCUCAUCCAAAGUUGCCACAGAUGAUACUUCCAAGUGAUAAUUUUAUUUAUAAACUAGGUAAAAUUUGUUGUUGGUUUCUUUUAGACCACGGCUGCCCCUUCCACACCCCAUCUUGCUCUAAUGAUCAAAACAUGCUUGAAUAACUGAGCUUAGAGUAUACCUCCUAUAUGUCCAUUUAAGUUAGGAGAGGGGGCGAUAUAGAGACUAAGGCAUAAAAUUUUGUUUAAAACUCAGAAUAUAACAGUUAUGUAAAAUCCCAUCUGCUAGAGGCCCAUCCUGUGCCAGAGGAAGGAAAAGGAGGAAAUUUCCUUUCUCUUUUAGGAGGCACAACAGUUCUCUUUUAGGACUUGUUUGGCUGACUGGCAGUAACCUAGUGAAUUUUUGAAAGAUGAGUAAUUUCUUUGGCAACCUUCCUCCUCCCUUACUGAACCACUCUCCCACCUCCCGGUGGUACCAUUACUAUAGAAGCCCUCUACAGCCUGACUUUCUCUCCAGCGGCCCAAAGUUAUCCCCUCCUUUACCCCUCAUCCAAAGUUCCCACUCCUUCAGGACAGCUGCCGUGCAUUAGAUAUUGGGGGGAAGUCAUCUGUUUAAUUUACACACUUGCAUGAAUUACUGUAUAUAAACUCCUUAACUUCAGGGAGCUAUUUUCAUUUAGUGCUAAACAAGUAAGAAAAAUAAGCUCGAGUGAAUUUCUAAAUGUUGGAAUGUUAGGGGAUGUAAACAAUGUAAAGUAAAACAUCUCAGGAUUUCACGAGAAGUUACAGAUGAGGCAUUGGAAGCCACCAAAUUAGCAGGUGCACCUUCUGUGGCUGUCUUGUUUCUGAAGUACUUAAACUUCCCUAAGAGUGAAUUUGACCUAGGCAAGUUUGUUCAAAAGGUAGAUCCUGAGAUGAUUUGGUCAGGUUGGGAUAAGGCCCAGCAAUCUGCAUUUUAACAGGCACCCCAGUCACUAGGAUGCAGAAGGAUCACACUUUGAGAAACACCACCCAUUUCUACUUUUUGCACCUUAUUUUCUCUGUUCCUGAGCCCCCACAUUCUCUAGGAGAAACUUAGAGGAAAAGGGCACAGACACUACAUAUCUAAAGCUUUGGACAAGUCCUUGACCUCUAUAAACUUCAGAGGCCUCAUUAUAAAAUGGGAAGACUGAGCUGGCGUUCAGCAGUGAUGCUUUUAGUUUUAAAAGUCUGAUCUGGACUUCCUAUAAUACAAAUACACAAUCCUCCAAGAAUUUGACUUGGAAAAAAGUGUCAGGAAAACAGGUUAUCUGCCCAUAUGCAUAUGAACAACCUUGACUACCCUGGCCUGGCCCCUGUGUUGGCAGUCCAGGGCUAUCUGUACUGUUUACAGAAUUACUUUGUAGUUGACAACACAAAACAAACAAACAAAAAAGGCAUAAAGUGCCAGGGGUUUAUAGAAAAAACAGCGUGGUAUUCUCCAGUUAGGUAUGCCAGAGGGCAAUUCUUUUAACAGCUGUGAGAAUUUGCUGUUUCAUUCCAACAAAAUU